AUGGCGGCGCUUCCCAGCAUGGGAGCCCUCUACAUCUCAUCCCCGCAGCAAGUGUCCCGCUCCAGUGUCUCCUCGGAUUCAGCCCAGGUGGAACACCAGCUUGUUGCCGGUAUGAGCGCCCUCCAAAGCCACGACAAUGACGGCCAUCGCGCCUACGUGCCAAGUCAUUGGAGCGGAUGUCUGGGAUCACAGACCAGCAGCGACGAGUUGGACAACUACGCACUCCACGGCUCUCCCGCGCUCAGCAGCCUUCCUCAGACGGGCUCGAAUCAGUCGUCUCCCCGCAGCUGGGACUCGCCAGAGCAGCUUGGCCCUACCCCCUGGGAAGCAGCAACGGAGCAACUCCACAGCCGGUAUCCCGGGUUAGACCCGCAACUUUCGGGUUACCUUCCCAACGGCGACAUCCCGACAUCCUUCCCCGCGGACGCAAUGCCGUUUGUACCAUCCCAGACCUUUGACGGAGCAGACGACUACCAGCGCGCCCGAAGCCAGACCGAGCCCUACCCAGCCGGGUAUCACACGUCGCCCAGAGACGGAUACCCCUCGACUCCUGAGAGCGGUCACCCGUUGACGCCAUGCAGCACGACACUCUCGAUGCCGAUGGAUGACAUGGCGAGUACUCCGGACGAUGAUAUCGAUAGCCAAGCUCCGACGUUGGUCAACAUUGCAAGCGAGACUCGACCUCGCAGCAAGCGAAGCUCUGCUGCUUCACAGCCCCAAGCCGCCGAGGGGAAACCCGAAGAACCACCAUACGCUCAGCUCAUCUACCGCGCAUUUUUGAGCACGUCGCGGCAGGCCAUGACGCUGCAGGAGAUUUACCAGUGGUUCCGCGAGAACACAGACAGGGGAAAGAGCACCAACAAGGGCUGGCAAAACAGCAUCCGGCACAACUUGAGCAUGAACCAGGCCUUCACCAAGCGCGAGCGCAGAAACAGCACGACUACGCUCGACGCCAAAACCGGGUCCACGACGCCCAAUCCCCAAACUGAGACAAAGAAGUCCACCGAGUGGUACCUCGAACCCUGGGCCGUCGCCGGCGUGCAGAGCACAACGCGCUACCGCAAGGACAACCAAUCCCGGCGCAGCGCCGCAAGCCACGGCGGGCUGUCCUCGCGCGUAAAGGGUGGCCGGGUUCUCCGCGGCAGCCGCCAGUCGCUCCGCAGUAGCAGCAAUGCUGCCCCCAACCAACCCCAGCUGCAGCACUACCAGUUCCCCCCUUCGCCCCACCACCACAACGCCGCCAGGGGCCCAUUCAUCCACCACCUCAUGAACGACCCUUCCUCAUCACCCUCCCCAUACGGCGGGCCCACAUCCUUCUUCCACCAGAGCCCUACCGAAACCCAGAGCAUGGAGCGAACCGGCAGCAACACAGGACUAAACUACGACUACCCAGAACCGCAACUUUUCCCCAACACCUCCGCCUCGGCACCCACAAUCAUGGCGCGCGCCUCCAGCGAGCCCGGCGCCGCGCUCGACGAGCCCGUGACACCGGAACCGCUGCCUCUGUUCCACCACUCCCCCUACGGGCAACUUCUCGGCGGCGGUCCCGUGUCCCCGCCCCCGGGGAGUUAUCACCACCACAGCCACCACCACCACCAGCACGCGGCCUCCCAUGGAGGCGAAACCCACGGCCUGCCCUUCGCACCGAAUACCGCCGCCUACCCCUUAGCUCUACCGGAAGUCUACGGGGACGCGAUGGACACGGACGGCGGCGCCUAUGCGCACCACAACCCGCACCACCACCUUCAUCAUCACCACCACCAACAGCAGCAGCAGAUCCAGGGGUGGGUUACUGCUACUGCCGGUGGCGUUGUUAGCUUGGAGGGCAUGGGGCCGUGUGGCGAGGACGCUGUUGCCGCGGGGUAUGGGCUUGCGCAGGGGUUCUGA